UUGUGGUGGCAUUGUCAUAUAUAUGACAGCAGCCUUCAUUCAAUAGUUAUUAUGCAACCAGAAAUAUUAUACUAAUAGGCGGCAGCAUUUUAAACACUGUUACAUUCUUGUUACCCUCUUUUAUCAUUAUCAAUUAUUGUUAUGUUAUUUUUGUUCAUUUUCUAAAAUAAAUACUUUGUCAUUUGAACAAAGUGGCUGCAUUUGUUCUGAAUAUGCACACAAUUUGUAAGAACAAAUGGAAGACAAUUAUCACUAUAACCAUUACCAAAAACUUCAAGAAAAAGCAACAAGUAAAUCAAAGCGAGUGGGAUUAAGGAGCAACGUAGUAAGUGGUGUUGGGGAAAUAGUACAAGUAGAAGGUGGCCACAUUGUACGGGCCACCGGGCGGAAAGACAGACACAGCAAAGUUUGUACUGCAAAAGGCACAAGAGACCGCCGUGUCCGGCUUUCCGCCCACACAGCUAUACAGUUUUAUGAUGUACAAGAUCGGUUGGGAUAUGACAGGCCAAGUAAAGCUGUUGACUGGCUUAUCAAUAAAGCUAAAUCCGCCAUUGAUGAACUUGCUGAGCUUCCACCAUGGAAACCUACUUAUGAUUCAGUUUUGAAUUUUGAGCGUAACCCAGAUGAGGAAAUUGUUGAUACUCAAAUGGGUAACGCUCAAAAUUCAAACUUUUUUCCUGAAUCUUUUGAUAAUAUAAAAUCUUUUUUUCCUACGGGUGGUUCUUCUUCUGCAGCUCCGUCCACACAAAAUAAUAAUAAUUAUUUUCCACAGUCGGAGCUGCUUUCAAGAACCACUAAUCAUCAUCAUCAGAAUCAAGAUCUCAAGCUGUCCUUACAAUCACUUCAAGAUCCUGUUCUUCAACAACACCACCAGCAACCGCCGCCGCCACAUACUGAGCAAGUCAAUAGUAUGUUUUUUGACGGUGGUGGUUGGUUGGAGAAUAAUGGGUUUGUAUUUGCUUCGCCACCGCCGCCGCCGCCACAAACGCCGUUUCUGCAGCCUUUGUUGUUCGGCCAAAAUCAAACAACAAACAAUCAAAUGUUGUUAAAUUAUAUUUCUCAGAGGGGACCCCUUCAGUCCAGCAACACACCUCCGGUUCGUGCUUGGGUCGACCCGCUUCCAUCUUCGGGUGCGGGUACUGAUCAACACCAAACCCUGGCUUUUCAUCAUCCGUCUCCCAUGCCCGGAUUUACUUCGGGCAUAGGCGGCUUUUAUAUCCCUGCACGAAUCCAAGGUGAUAAUGAGGAACAUGACGGAUUAUCUGACAAGCCGUCCUCUGCUUCCUCCGAUUCUCGCCAUUGAUUCAUUGACAUGUUUUCAUAGUCAUCUCUCCAAAGGGAAAGUUAGCUGCUUUUCAGUAGAUGAGAGGUGCUCCAAAAGUGUCAAUAUGUUGAAUCCAAUGGCUGCUACACAGUGAGAAGAACAAAUCUGAGUGUGAUUUUCAGGUUUUUCAAUCACAUUUAGUAUCUGCUUUUACAUCAUGAUUUGGAUUUUAUGUCGAACUUGAGCUAUUUGUUGAGCUCUAGACUCUGAUUGGAUUACAUUUUAGUAUGUUUUAUGUUUUUAGACUAUGAUUGUCAAUUAUCAAUGUUUCCUUGUA